AUGCCGCCCUUCUGGACAAUCGGAACCCUCUUCGGCGCAUCGAGCGUCAUGCUCGGCGCAUUCGGAGCCCACGGCCUCAAGCAACGUAUCGCGGACCCAGCGCGAAUCGCAAACUGGGGGACAGCAGCACACUACCAGCUCGUACACUCCGCCGUCGUAGCAUUCGCAUCCGUCGUCGCGCCGCAGAACACGAUAGCAAUGGGCCUCUUCACAGCUGGAAUGACAAUGUUCUCGGGCUCAAUAUACCUGCUCACGCUCGAUCCGCAGCGGUUCAAGGUGCUGGGGCCGGUGACGCCGCUGGGAGGCCUGUGUUUGAUUGGAGGGUGGGUUGCGCUGGCUGUUGCGAAGAGGCCGGUUGUGCCCAAGUUUAGGUGA